AGUCUACGUUUUUUUCCCGAAAUAUUCUCUUGAUUCCAACAUGAGCUCUUUUACUGGCAACAUUCUAAAAAGAAAGUGAAGUGAAAGAAAUGAAUUUACGAGAAUAGGUCGCAAGUCGCAUAGAUUUUUGGUUGAUUUCCUUUUCACUUUGCUUUCGUAUUCUCUAAGAUCUAAUAAACUAGAGUUAAUUUGUGUUUCUGAUUAUAUUUUGAUUCAACAAUUCCGGUGCCGCUCUGCCGAAAUCAGGAUAAGUACGAAAGUGAACAGCAUCUUAUUGAUUUUCUUCCCAUGCAUGGCAUAUGCUCACACCAGCCCGAAUUCUUCUUAUAUCUAACAACGAAUACAUGAUUUAGUUCCGAAACUACCCGUUUUGAGUAAAGAGUCACAUAACCAGUGACAUUUUAUCUAAUUUUCUGUAAACAAAUCGAGUCAAAAUGAUGGCAAAUCCGCUCGACUCUCUAAACCAGCCCACGCAAAAUGGAAGUAAGUUGCAGCCGUGCAAGAAUGAGUCUAAGACGAAUUUGAUAAUCAAUUAUCUGCCGCAAACGAUGACCCAGGAGGAAAUUCGAUCAUUAUUUUCGAGUGUCGGCGAAGUAGAAAGCUGCAAGUUAAUAAGGGACAAGGUGACCGUGUUUCCGGAUCAUAUUCUCAACGGUCAGAGUCUUGGAUACGCUUUCGUCAACUAUCACCGAGCUGAGGAUGCGGAAAAGGCGGUGAAUACACUCAAUGGUCUCAGACUGCAGAACAAGAUCAUCAAAGUUUCAUACGCACGUCCAAGCUCUGAUGCGAUUAAAGGUGCCAACCUCUACGUCUCCGGACUCCCGAAACACAUGACUCAGCAAGAAUUGGAGAAACUCUUCGGCCCCUACGGUACCAUUAUCAGCUCGCGCAUUCUCCAUGAGAACAUGAAUGUCGGUCAGCUGAUGCAGGUAGCUCCAGAAGAUCACUCUAUCCAAGGUCCAUCAAGAGGAGUCGCCUUCAUCCGGUACGAUCAAAGGUGUGAAGCAGAAGCAGCUAUACGUGAGUUGAAUGGCACUAUUCCACCUGGUGGAACAACCCCAAUGACUGUCAAGUGUGCAAACAACCCAAGCAAUCAGAAUAAGGUUUUGGCACCCCUUACUGCAUACCUGGCUCCAACUUCAACACGGCGCAUCAUAACCCCUGCAGGUAAAGCACUGCUAGCUAUCAACAAAGGUCUCCAAAGAUUUUCUCCUCUUUCCGAUCCGCUCAUUCAAGGUAAUGCUUUAGGUGGAUCAGGCUGGUGUAUCUUCGUGUACAACAUCGGGGCUGACACUGAGGAGAGUGUUCUGUGGCAACUUUUUGGGCCAUUUGGUGCCGUCCAGAGUGUGAAAAUAAUUAGAGAUCCCUCUACAAACAAGUGCAAAGGUUAUGGUUUUGUUACUAUGACCAAUUAUGAUGAGGCUGUUGUUGCCAUUCAAUCCCUGAAUGGCUAUUCACUGAACGGUCAGGUCCUUCAGGUCAGCUUCAAGACCAACAAGAGUAAAUCUUAAAGACUUUGAGAGUCUAGUCAAUAAAUUGUAGCUAAUACAAAAAUGUUGAUCAACAUCGUCAUGGUUUGACAUCAAAUUAUAAUAGUACUGAGUAGGAAAACAUUUUGACACUGUAUGAUGCGAAUCAUGACAUGUAAAGUUCAUCAGAAGUACAAAAUAUGAUGCGUGUAAUCAUAAUAUUAAUCCAAUAUUUAUUUUACUUCAUAAUUUUGACAAACAUUACCCAACAAUGAUUUGUAUAAAUGAGUUACAUAUAGCAAUAAGAAGAUUCCAUUUAAUAACUUUCGUAUUAUGAAUAGUAAAAAAUCUAUGAGAUUUUAUUACAAUUUCACAUUUAAAAUUGCAUAAAUUAGUAACAAAAUGAUCUGAUAUAGAAAGUGAAUGGUUCUCCAAUUCAUAAGACAUACAAAUGGUUUUUAAUCAUUUACAAAUAAGCUGUAGAAUACUCGAAAUUUAUGAUUGUUAAUCUUGAACUUUACUAGACUUAUCACAAACUUAACUAAUUUAAUAGCCUAAAACAUAGCUGAGUAUGUAAUAUAAAGUACUAAAGUAAAAAUGGUUGUAAUAAGCCUAAAAAUAUUCAAAUCAAUAUAAAACUGAGCAAUAUACUCAAAAUAGUAUAAGUAAUAGACAACAUAGUAAUAUAUUCUACAAAAGAAAUAAUGAAACAAAUCUUAAUGCAAUAAUAUAAUUAUAUUUAAUAUCAUAUUAUUAUGAUAGCUUAUCAACAGUGCAAUAUAAAAGAUUUUUUUACUUAAAGUAAAAAUAUAUUCCCAGUGCAAUUCAGAUCCAGAUUAAAAUAUGUAAUUAUUUUUUGGGUUAUAACCAAAAGUGUAUUUGGGUUACAACAAUAAGUUUAUUGGUUCAUUGGUGACAUGAUUUUUUGAUGCUAUAAAAACACUAAGCGUAAAUAUGAUACUUAGUUGUACUUAGGAGAUAACCAAAGACAUCAGCAAUAAAACUGACUGAUUUAAUAAAAGAAAACUAUGCACUAAGUGACUUAUAAGAACACCAUAAAUUCUUCCAUAAGUAUUUUACCAUAUGAUAAGCAAAGCCCCAUACAUUAAAAAGAUAAAUUUAAAAUAGUUACUGGUUGAAAGAAAUGAUAAUGCACAAAAAAUAUUUAAAUACUAGAUAUUAAGAACUAGUUUUUUUACACGAGCAUCAAAUUAAAACUAAAAUAGGCUUAUUUUAGCCACUGGUGAGUAAGACGGAAAGUGGCUGUUAUAAUGUUAAUAAAAUAUCAAAAUAAGACAAAUAGUUUUUGGAGUUCCAAUUAAAGUUUAAAGCAAAAAUAUUAUGUGGGCUGUUCCGGGCUUAGAAGACAUUAUCAAAGCAAUAAUAUAAUUUGAUGCUCCUGUAUAGCUCCUGCUAGCACACUAGCAUAGAAAAAUGUUCAUUAAAUCAUCAUUUUUAUUCAAGAAAAGUAAAAUCUACGGGUGACUUUUAUAAUGGUUCCCACUUAAAAUACUUUAAUCUGACAUAUGUGUGGCACCAUGACAUAACAUCAAAUAUUGUAUAUUAUUGAUCAACAUUUUAAUUGUGACAUACAUCUUUUAAUGCAUCAGAUUUGGGCACAUAAAUUAUUUAAAAUUUAAAUGUAUUUAUAUGUGAAAGUCAAAUCAAUAAUUUAAAGAAUGUAGGAGUAUGUUGUGUUUGGAGGUAAUUUUCUCAUUAAUUAAAUAGGAAGAUUCACAAUGGACAAGGAGAAGAAUAAUUUAAGGAAAAAUCAAGUCGAAUCAAGCCUGACAUGUGAGUUUGAGACUAUGCAAAGAUUAUCUUGUUUUUAUGCCAGCAUGACCAGUAAGUACAAUUCACUUGUGUACUAACAUUGCAAUAUUUAUAAAGAAUACUCACUUCAAAUAUUGGAUAAAUAUUAAACAUUUAUACCUCAUUUGUAAUUUUCUCAUAAAUAUCAUCUUACAUUGUCUAAUGUGAAUCUAAUACGUAAGUAUCUUAACUCGCUAAUAAAAUUAAUUUGACUUUCACCACAUUAUGAUAUUGUCUCUCUAAUUAUUAAUUUCAUUGUAUAAUCACUAUUUAUUAUUAUGAUAUAAGUAAAUUUAAAUAAAAUUUGAAAAAAAAAAGUAUGUUUCCAUAUAAUUUCUAGAAACCAUUGGGUUUGUUCAUUUUGAUGUUUGUAUUUAACAUAUUCAUAGUAGCAUAUGUAAGUAGUAUUAAAAUAUUAUUUAUUUGUUUAGAAAUCAUUAAUGCCAGUACGUCUUUUCGCCAUUUUUUUAUUGUAACAAAGAAAAUGCUCGCCGGUUCAUACCAGCAGCCUAGCAGCAUAUUUAAUGGCUGAGGGAAUUGUCGAUGUUCAUCCUAGACUAAGCCAAUAAGAAAGGUGAAAGAAAAAAUCAGAUUAAUUUUGUUACAAAAAAAAAAAGUGAAACACUAGUUCCAAAUAUUCUUUUAGUUUGUUAUUCAUAAAUAGUAAUUUAUGUAAUGCAUAGUUAAAUUAUUAAUAGUUAAAUGCAUAUCAUAAUUGACUAAAUGAGGCGAGAUAUAUUCUCAUGAAACUGUUAAUAAACGAUGCAUUUCGAAAAUAAGUUACUUAUAUUCUAUUUAUUUUUCUUCUAUAAGCUUAAAAUGUUGCAUUACGAAUUAUUUAUUUUUAAAUAUAAAAAUAAUAGAGAAGUACUUAAACUAUGCGGAACUAGUCAUUAAAAAAAUUGCGCAACAUAUUUGUUUUAAGUACUUAUGUUUAAUGGCUAAGUAUAAAAUAAUAGUGAAAAACUGUGUUCUUUAAUUUAUAAAAAAAACCGUAGUUUAGAUAUUAAUUUAUGUUUGUGUGGUGUUUGGUUUAAUAGUAUUUAUUGUAAUACCCGAAGCACACGUUGCUUUCAAUACUGUAUUCAAAAAGGUAUUUACAAGAGUUUGGCAGAGGCUUUAUGGCCCAGGUGGACAGAAUUAAUCUUGUAGUUUCAACAGGUAAAUAUCAAGUACCUACUUAAUUAAAUGAUCAGUCGAUUUAAACUCCUAUUGCCGGAGACUCGAAGGCGGCGAUUCUAUUUAUCAAAUAAAAAAUUAUACUAAAGCCAUAAAAAUCUGCCAUAUUCUUGUAAUUAAUAUGUAUUUUUUUUCCUUAAGAAAUCCAAAUCUUAUUGAGAAUUUUUCAUUAAAAAUAAUAAUAAUAAUAAUAGAAACGGAUUUUUAGUAAUUAACUUAAUACAAAUAAAAAAAUUAUGGUGUGUAUGAAACUAGUCAAUGGUAGAAAUAUACCUCUAUAUGUUACUGUUUGAAAUGCUGAUAUUUUAAGUAAGUUUCUAGACUUAUUUGUAUAAGUUUCCUGUUACAGUAUGUUCGAACAAGCCUGUGAAAUAUUAGUAAAAAGCAACGCCCUACGUAAUUUUGCCUUUGGACAAGAAGCUUCCGUACCAAAAAAUAGUUUUUAUUCUAUUUUUAACUUAUCCAACAUAUGAGGAGUAUAAAUGCAAAAGCUCCUACUACAAAGCAUUGCAAUCAAAUUUUAAUAUUGAUUAUAAAUGAGGCGAAUACGCCCUUCAAAUUUGAUUGCUUCACGUAUUUCAAGUACCCUGCCGCCAAGUUCAAGUGCAUCAAUUUUAUAUGGGCAGUUACAAAAAUAUGAAAUUUGAAUUAAAUUUUCUCACAUAAACGGCAAAUCGGGGCUUAUAGGCCACUUGCAAUAAGAUUGAACAAUAAUUAUGAUAAAUUUGAUUCAAUCUAAGAUUUUUUAACAAAUACUUGACCUGCCCUAGAAGAUAUAGUUAUCUCUAGAAAGAAUACAAGAUAAUUCUUAUAAGUAUGGAUUUUCAUAUGAAGUUCUAAUUUCGCACAAGAUUAUCAGCCUAUUUGUAUAUGUCAUCACAUUGUUUAGUCAGUUUUGUGUCGUCCUAUGUGUAUGUGAGUUUAUAGUUAAAUGUAUGCUUGCUUUCCACCGAUUACAAAAUCUAUAUGUACACACCUGGCCCGUACAAUUUUUUUUUUUUGUAUUUUCAAGUGUUAUUUCAGCUCGCCAUUUUUUGCGUUCUAAAAUUUCGGCAUUUAGUGAUACAAAUAAAAAUUUGUUUCAAAAGAAAUUCAAUUUAAACAAAAGUACAUACCUCUACUAACAUUUUUUUUUUUUAAUGUAGCGUUUAUUUAUCUGAUUUUUUUCUUUUGUUUUGUACUAAUUAAUUUGUUAUUUUUGGGCAGGUAUGGGUAAGGUUUUGGCCUAGGAUAUAGGUAGAUUUAUAAGACAGAGUACAAAUCGCCAUGUAUGAAGACGAGCGUUUAUGCUUAUACAAUUAAAACUUUUGAAAUGUCAACGAAUGUAAUCUGACGUAGGGAAUAAUUAUAUAGGAAUUAAAUAUUGACCUUAGCAAUAAUACGUAUAAAACAA